GUUUUUAAUGCGUGCGCUACUUCAGGCUUCAAGUUUGUUUUGCUUAGAAAGACAUUGACUUGUCCCUCUGCACUAUGUUUUGUCUAUGACCCUCUUUAAUGCAAGAUGAAGCAUAACUCAUCAGAGCUUUCACUUUUGGAGGACAUACAAGGAUCAGAUAAGUCAGAUGCUAUCGCACCAAAGCAUAACGGUAUAAACACAAUUCCACCCGUUUAUAGAAAGUCUCCAAGAACUCCAUCUAAUACAUUAUACACGGAAGAAACUUUUGAUAACAAUUUAAUGCACGUUAAUAUGGAUCCUGCUAGAUAUCGCGGUCUUCGUGAUUUGGAUUUGGAUUCCUGGGAUGAUGAAGCAGCAGCAAAAUUACGAUUUUCACUGCGUCCUUCUGGGGAUUUACUGGAUUAUUUGUCACUAUGUAGACAUCCUUGUGGUCUUCGUGCCUUAAUCCACUCAGUAAACUCACGACCCCUUAGGCGAACAUUUGGUGUUAUUUGGUUUGUUCGGGAUCUUUGUGGAAUAAUAUGUCUUUUUGUUACGUGGAUGCUUAUCUUAUAUGCAGAGUUUGUAAUAGACUUCAUCAUACUUGGUCAUACACCAUCUCCUACCUUCUGUUGGAUAAGCGGAACAGUUUAUCAUUUCUUUGCUUUACUUGCUGUUGUUUCUCAUUUUAAAGCAUUCACCACUGAUCCAGGUAGUAUUCCUAUUGGUGCAGCAAAUCAAGCACUUGGAAAGUAUUUACUGCAGUAUUCUUCUUAUUUAUCCACUAUGCCUGUACGUUGUACAAAGUGUCUUUCAAUUAAGCCAUUACGUGCUCAUCACUGUCGUAUCUGUCAAAGAUGUAUUCGUAAAAUGGAUCAUCACUGUCCUUGGGUGAAUAACUGUGUUGGCGAAGGAAAUCAAAAGUAUUUCAUUCUUUUUGCUUUUUAUAUCUGCCUCAUGUCGUUUUCCGCCAUAGCUAUGUGUAUUUAUUUCAUUUUUCAAUGUUUGAGCUCGGAUUGGGAAGUUUGUCAACCCAGUCAAAGCUUUAGCCAACUAGGCAACUUCAGUCCAUUAGCAUGCAGUGCAUUUGCUUUAGGAUUAAUAUGCGAAUCCCUUAUGUUCGGUAUUUUCACAUUGGUUAUGUGUAUCAGUCAGUUGUGUGCUAUUUCUAAUGAUGAGACGGGUAUCGAAAACUUUAAAAAAGAACAGACAUCCUGGGAAAAACAAUCAAGUAGACAAAAUUUCAUGAAAGCAUUCGGUUCCCGGUUCUCAUGGAAAUGGUUUAGCCCCUUUUCACCACCUCCACCCCUAGCACCGGUAGUACCAGGUCUUCCAAACAAUUUCGAUUCAACAGUUAUGUUACAUUUCGCUGAGCAAAAUGCAACUCGUUCUGGUCCAACUGGAUUUCAAACAGAUCUCAAUCAGGUGCUUUAUGUUGUUUGAAACUUAACUAUUGUUUACUGUGACUACGUUAUUAAUAAAUAAAACGUAAAGAGCCAAAAGACCAAGUUAUUUUCUUCAAUUCUUGAAGCUGCAAUCUAGCGUCUUAUGAUAUGCAGGGAGAGUGUAUCAAUUGCGGAGUGUACUCUGUCGUUUACUUAAGUCGCGAAGACUCAACGAAAGUCUACUUCCCAGCUUUUCGUAUGAUGCGCACAAACACACAGUUCACUGGCCUUUAUUCAAUAAUAUCUGAAGAUCAACGUACAUACGAAAUGGCUUUUGGGGAAAAAUUACUGAAUACAACGAAAAAGAGACCAAUUAUUAGUGAAUAAAGAAUAUGCUUUUUGAUGACUUCAUCACGUUAUACACUUAUUCAUCCACAAAAAUUAAGGAAUUCCUGGUAUUAAUAAUAUCAGUGUUUUAAAUAACAUCGAGCCAAUCAAAUAAAUAGAUAACAAUGGAAAGACAUCUAAGUGACAAAAAUUAAAGGAAAUCAAUACAGAAUUUAUAAGCUCCACAGAAGGCGAACGUCGUGACCAGAUGUGUUUCUUUUGGAUGCAAAGCUCUGGUUGUUUUAGGCGAUUCACAAUGGCUCCUACUGUUGGGAAUGUUCAGUAUUUGGAGGCUUCUGGCAAUGUAUUUGGUGCCCGAUAGCUGAUAGAAAAAGAUUCUUGGUUGUUGGUUUUAUGGCCUGUUUGGACCAAGAGACCUACUAUUGAGAUGUUGGUGGUUUUCACUGCACCUUUAUAUAACCACACUAGUUUGUGUUUUGUAGUAUGAAAAACUAAGUUCCUAUUGAUCUUACUGAUUCAUUUUUAUUUAAGACAUCAAUGUUGUUAAUAGCAAUAAAUAUCUAAUUAAUAUGGACAUACAAAUGUUUCCUCAUUAAACUGUCUUUUGAUAUUUAUCUCCAUUACGUGUAGGAUUUUAUUUUGAUAAAUCACACAGUUAUACAGUAAUAUCAGUUAAUAUUACUGUACAACACUGUGUGAUUUAUCAAAUAAAAUCUAAUUCAUAAUCGAGUUAUACUCUACCACAGUGCCCAAGUUUUAUACUUAUUUUGAUAUUUAUAGUAGGCAACUUCACUCAAUUAAAAAAUAUUUUUAAACAUCAAAAAUCUUACUUCCGCUACAUGAAUCAAGGCAC